GCGAGGCCUGCGGUCCCUUUAAGACGCCCGGGGCGUACCCCGCUGCUGCAGCCGCCGCCGGGCCAUGGCAGCGCAGCUACUGGAGGAGAAGCUGACCUGCGCCAUCUGCCUGGGGCUCUACCGGGACCCAGUGACGCUGCCCUGCGGCCACAACUUCUGCGGGACCUGCAUCCGGGACUGGUGGGGCCGCUGCGGGAAGGCGUGCCCCGAGUGUCGGGAGCCCUUCCCCGACGGCGCCGAGCUGCGCCGCAAUGUGGCCCUCAGCGGCGUGAUGGAGGUGGUGCGCGCCGGGCCCGCCCGGGACCCCGGCCCUGAGCCCUGCCCCGGCGCGCGCUGCCCCCGCCACGGGCGGCCGCUGGAGCUCUUCUGCCGCACCGAGGGCCGCUGCGUGUGCAGCGUGUGCACCGUGCGCGAGUGUCGCCUCCACGAGCGGGCGCUGCUGGACGCCGAGCGCCUAGAACGGGAGGCCCAGCUGAGAGCCAGCCUGGAGGUUACCCGACAACAGGCCACCCAAGCCGAAUGCCAGCUACUGGAGCUACAGAAGCAAAGCAGCCAGAUCCAAAGCUCCGCCUGCACCUUGGCUUCCUCAGUCUCCGGCAAGUUCAGCAGCCUGCUGCAGGCCCUGGAGAUGCAGCACACAGUGGCGCUGAGGAGCAUUGAGGCAGCCAAGACACAGGCGCUGACACAGGCUCAAGACGAGGAGCAGCGACUACGGGGCCACUUGGAGGCUCUGGCUCGCCAUGGCUGCAGGAUCCAGGAGCUCUUGGAGCAGGGGGAUGCACAGGCCUUCCUACAGGAAUCACAGCUCCUCCAGCCCCCAGGGCCUCUUGCGCCACUGACCCCUCUGCAGUGGGAUGAAGACCAACAGCUGGGUGACCUGAAGGAGUUGCUAAGCCGGCUGUGUGGCCUCCUCCUGGAAAACGGGGGCCACCCCGGGGCACCAGCCAAGCCUGUGGACUUAGGCCCCAUGGAGGCUCCAGGUCCCCUGGCACCGGUCCCAAGCAGAAUUUGUCCACUGAGGAGGAAACUCUGGCAGAAUUAUCGCAAUCUAACCUUUGAUCCCAUCAGUGCCAACCGUCACUUCUAUCUAUCGCGCCAGGACCAGCAGGUGAAACACUGUCGUCAGUCCCGGGGCCCAGCUGGGCCAGGCAGCUUCGAACUCUGGCAGGUGCAGUGCAUCCAGAGCUUCCAGGCCGGGCGCCACUACUGGGAGGUGCAUGCGUCAGACCACUCAGUGACACUGGGCGUCUCCUACCCACAACUGCCACGGUGCAGGCUGGGGCCCCACACAGACAACAUCGGCCGGGGCCCCUGCUCCUGGGGGCUCUGCAUCCAGGAGGAUGGCCUCCAGGCCUGGCACAACGGGGAGGCCCAGCGCCUCCCAGGGGUGUCAGGGCGGCUCCUGGGCAUGUAUUUGGACGUGGUCUCAGGCUGCCUCACCUUCUACAGCCUGGAGCCCCGGACCCAGCCCCUGCACACUUUCCAUGCCCUCUUCACCCAGCCCCUCAUCCCUGUCUUCUGGCUCCUCGAGGGUAGGACCCUGACCCUGUGCCAUCAGCCAGGGGCUGAGUUCCCUCCUGGGCCCCAGGAAGAGGUCUCUGUGCUCAGCUGAAGAAGACAUGGGAUGGAGCCCUGGCACAGCUGCCACCCUGCCUGUGUGCCUAAGAGCUGCCCAGCUCCAGCUUGGGGACUCGAGGACCAGCUGUUGGCCUCUCUGUGACUCAGAGAGAGAUUGCGGGGUGUGGGGUGAGCAUAAACCCAGAGCUCACACUUCAGCCUCUUAGAAGGGGACACGGUCUAGGAAGGGGAUAAAUGGGAAGCCCUUGCCCCAAAUAGAACCCAGUUCUAGGCAUCGCCUGGUCCUAGGAGGCUAGAGCACUGCCCAGGGGACUUCUGGGCUUACGGGACAGCAUAUGUGACAAAAUUCAGAUCCACCUGAAUUUGCCUCUGGAGAUGAUUACAGGCCAAAGGAGCAGUCAGUGUGGGGCAGUGAGCCAGGGGAAGAUGGAUCCUCCCUCCUUCCCGCCUGAGGCUCUAAUUUUUUGUAACAUUUGGGUAGAUGUCCGUCCUGUCUUGGAGUCUUUUUAUUUUGUGCAUCCUUAAAAUAGUAUGCUGUGAACAACUGUUUUCUGCAUUUGAACAUUUUAAUUUUUUUAGGAGACAGUCCUGCUCUGUCACCCAGGUUGGAGUGCAGUGGUGCAGUCAUGGCUCACUGCAGCCUCGAGCUCCUGGGCUCUAGGGAUCCUCAUACCUCAGCCUCUGGAGUAGCUGAGAUUAUAGUGUUUUCUGCAGUUUUUUGACUUAACAUAAACAUUUUUCACAUGAUUGAAACUUUUCACUGAUGGAUUGCUGUAGUCAUUCUAAUGGCUAUCAAAUUUAUUUACCCACUAUUGGACAUUUAAAUUGCUUUCUUUUUAGCUAUACAAAUAUCAGUAUUGCCGGGCGAGGUGGCUCACGCCUGUAAUCCCAGUACUUUGGGAGGCUGAGGCGGGUGGAUCACAAGGUCAGGAGUUCAAGACUAGCGUAGCCAACAUGGUGAAACCCCGUCUCUCCUAAAAAUACAAAAAUUAGUAGGCGUGGUGGUGGGUACCUGUAGUCCCAGCUACUUGGGAAGCUGAGGCAGCAGAAUCACUUGAACCCGGGAGGUGGAGUAGCUGAGAUUACAGUCUCAGCUGUAAUUUAGUGAGCCGAGAUCGCACCACUGUACUCCAGUUUGGGUGACAGAGCAAGACUGUCUCCAAAAAAAAAAGAAAAAAAAAACUAACAAUGUGAUUUUUUUUUUUUUUUUUUUUGAGACAGAGUCUCCCUCUGCCAUCCAGGCUGGUGUGAAGUGGUGCCAUCAUGGGCUCAUGGGAUUCUCCUGCCUCAGCCUCCUUAGUAGCUGGGAUUACAGGUAUGCGCCACCAUGCCCAGCUUUUGGUGAAUAUUUCUGAGCAGGAUGGCUGGCCACAUUAAUGGUCAUGUAUGUAGGCUAAGUUACCUCAAGUGAGUCACUCAGGAAACAAUGAGCACUUGAAGAUUGUUUUAUAUAAAAGGCCACAGUGAGGCCACCUUGAAUCAGGCUGACUAAGGCCCCUCAACCCUGUCACCGAGCAGCACAUGACACUGGUAGGACCUCAGUCCAGCAUCCCACCCCUGGGCAUGGGGCUUCAGGGCAGCCGUGUGUGCAGGUGCCAGCUCAGGCCAGCUCCUCUAGGUGUGGUCUGGUCUUUGCCAUUCCAGAGCAUGCUGCCACGAAGACCCCGGCCAUGUUUUUGCUUAUAUUUCCAGAAGUGGGGUUGCCAGGCCAUAUGGCAGGUAUAAUUUUUUUUACUUGACAUGUUCCACUUGUUCUGGGAGGUGGUUCCAAGGGUGUCUGCUUUUGGCCGGGCAUGGUGGUUCACUGGUCACGUAAGUGCUGGGCAUGUAAUCCCAGCACUUUGGGAGGCUGAGGCGGGUGAAUCACCUGAGGUCAGGAGUUUAAGACCAGCCUGACCAACAUGGCGAAACCCCAUCUCUACUAAAAAUAGCUGGGCAUGGUGGCAUGCAUCUGCAGUCCCAGCUACUCAGGAGGCUGAGGCAGCAGAAUCGCUUGAACCCAGGAGGCGGAGGUUGCAGUGAGCCCAGAUUGCAACACUGCACCACUACCUGGGUGACAGAGCAAGACUCCAUCUCAAAACAAAAUGGGGUGUCUGCUUUUGUAACUUUUAAAACUGUGCAUCUAUGUUAUAUGUACUCAUGGAUAAAUAUUUCACAAUAAAAGUUUUUAAAAGGAUAA